AAUGGACCGUCUGAAUGAGGGGAAGAAAAUGAGGAAGGCAGCCAUUAAGAAAUGAAGCUUCUCUCUCCUUUGUUAUAGGAUUUAUGAAUAACCUCGAUUUCAAUCUCUCUCCUCCCGAUAUAUCUCCGGCAAUAAAACUCCACCGUUUUUUUCUAUCUUCGUUUGUUUGGUUUUGGCUCAGAUCGACUCCCGGAAAAUGAAGGUUUCUCUUUUGUGGACGUCAGCCAUUCAUAUCAACCCAAGGCCCGAAAGAAUUCAAAGACACACUAUAUUGUGAUUCUCUCUACCGUUUCUGUUUUGGGAUUUUUGGACUCCCUUGCUUAAUCAGAAAGAUUGUGGGAAGAGCCACGUGUAGCAAAAGGACCAUUGCACGCGAGCGCAGCGAAUCGUAUCCUCGUUUCCUGCCGCCAUUGUUACCCAUCUUCUUCAAGCUUGGCAUACCAUCAAACUACCCUAUAUGUGGUUUAGUCUCACUAACGGAAGCAUUUGAAUUUUACGUUGUUGCGUUACGCGUCGUCCGACUAUCCCCUCUCAACUUUCCAGGUUCCCUGCUCUACAUCUCCUGGAGAGCACAGUCCUCAAUAACACUAUGUCCUCUUUUUCUUCUUUCGCUCAUUCAAAUAGAUGGUUUUUUGGUGGAUUUUGCAGUGGAGGCAGAGGUCAAGAUAUGAAAUAUGAUCGAGAAAGAUCCAGAGGCCGUGGCGGCAGUGGCAGCAAGGACAAAAUUGAUGCUCUUGGUCGACUCUUGACACGAAUUUUGCGACAUAUGGCUACUGAACUGAAUUUGAAUAUGCGAAGUGAUGGUUAUGUCAAAGUUGAAGAUUUGCUGAAGCUGAAUAUGAGAGCAUUUGCUAAUAUCCCUUUAAGGUCACAAACUGUUGAUGAUAUCAAAGAGGCUGUCAGAAAAGAUAAUAAGCAACGUUUUAGCCUUCUUGAGGAAAAUGGGGAGCUUCUGAUUCGUGCAAACCAAGGCCACACCGUCAUGACAGUUCAGUCUGAAAGAUUAUUGAAACAAAUCCUUUCAGCUGAUGAAGUGCAAUUUUGCGUACAUGGAACCUAUAAGAGGAAUUUGGAAUCAAUUUUGGAGUCGGGUUUGAAGCGCAUGAAAAGAUUGCAUGUUCACUUCUCAAGUGGCUUGCUGACUGAUGGUGAAGUGAUAAGUGGUAUGAGACGAGAUGUUACCGUUUUGAUCUAUCUUGAUGUUAGAAAAGCUUUAGAAGGUUUUCGCUUCUCUGUCACUGGCGUGACUACGAACAUCAGCCUCAACAUCCCUCUCGGCCUUUAUUACAUUUUGGCAGGAAAUGUCAUGUCAUGUCACUUCUCCCUUUGCCUUACAAGUGUUUUACGUGCUUUCUCAGCUCUUCUCCUCCAUUUUGGCAGGAAAAUUGCAGUCACGAGGCCUUGUCAUCGUUUCAUUUUCUCGGAAUCCAUUGUUUUAUUUGGAUUUGCUGAAAAACAAAGGAACUGACGUCGCUUCAUCAGAUAAACGGUGAAUUUCUUUUUGGCUCUAAUAAUUUUAGAUUGUUACAGUGAUCCACUUGGUUGGAAGGAUCAAUUAGCAGGGAGUGGAAACUCCACAGCUCUUUCCAAUGAAGCCUUGGUUUCGAGUACUGCUAAUGUUUUUAGGGAAGUUAAUCAUAUGGAUAAGUUGUACAAUUCAAUUAUUGAACUUGGCAAAGGUAAAUCUUUUGCAAAUCCUUUCAAGUUUGAAAGAUCAACAUAACAUAAGCUUUUGAUUGUUUGUUGAGUAAAUUCAUUUAUGGUUUUUGUUGGGUAUUUUUUUUAUUGUUGCUUUUGAUUGUUUGUAGGACUGGUAAAAUCCGGUUUUCUAUUGCCAUAGACUCG